GCCGGGGCGAGCAAGUAAGUGAGGGGAGGAGGCGGACAGCGGGAGCAGCAAGGCAGAGAAUGUCCGCCGCCUGCCCGCCGCUCCUCCGCCGGCCCCUCCACGUCUUCAUGAAUUAGCGCUGCGCGGUGGAGCACAGGAGCGACCGCCCCGGCGGAACCGGCGCUCUAGGCAUGGCCAGCUCGUGUGCUGUCCAAGUGAAGCUGGAGCUGGGGCACCGAGCCCAGGUCAGGAAGAAACCCACCGUGGAGGGCUUCACCCACGACUGGAUGGUGUUUGUCAGAGGGCCCGAGCACAGCAACAUUCAGCACUUUGUGGAGAAAGUCGUCUUUCACCUGCACGAGAGCUUCCCCCGGCCGAAAAGAGUGUGCAAGGAUCCACCAUAUAAAGUGGAAGAAUCUGGGUAUGCUGGUUUCAUUUUACCAAUUGAGGUUUACUUCAAAAACAAGGAAGAACCUAAGAAAGUUCGAUUUGACUAUGACUUAUUCCUGCACCUUGAAGGCCACCCACCUGUAAAUCACCUCCGCUGUGAAAAGCUCACAUUCAACAACCCAACAGAGGAAUUCAGAAGAAAACUGCUAAAGGCAGGAGGGAUCAUGAUAAUGUCAGAUGGCACAUCAUUCUCUUCAGGACAGAGCAUUCAGCUCCCCAACCUUCCCAGUAACUCCCUGUCUUUUUCUGAAGUGAAGAAGAAAUCAUCUCAUGGGCCAAAGGACUCAAUUCGGAUUCUGAACACAAAUAGCAGCAGCAGCAGUAGUAAUAGUUUUUCAAAGACCCAGAAGUUAAAGGAGCACAAGGAGAAAACUUCUAAAGACUCAAAAGAACAUAAAAGUGCCUUCAAAGAACCUUCCAGGGAACACAACAAUUCUUCCAAAGAAUCCUGUAAGAAACCCAAAGAAAACAAACCACUAGAAGAUGAAAAAAUUGUUCCUAAGAUGGCCUUCAAGGAACCCAAGCCCAUGUCCAAGGAGCCAAAAUCUGAAAACAACCCCAUCCCUACCAAAACAGAUGGGCAGCAGCAAGGAAAGAAGACCCCUACAAAAAGGCCCUCUGUUCUGGACUCUGAUGAACCUUCUGCAAAAAAGAGAAAAAAAAGUGGCCCAGAUUCAUUAUUUAAAAGUUUUUCUAGUGCCCCACCGCUGAUUCUUACUUGUUCAGCUGACAAAAAACAGACAAAGGAUAGAUCUCAACUCAAGGUAGGAAGGCUCAAAAUUGAAAAUGAUGCACUGGAAAAGACAACACCUACCCUGCCACCGUUUGAUGAUAUUGUAGAUCCCAAUGAUUCUGAUAUGGAGGAAAACUUGUCCUCUAAAUCUGAAUCUGAACAGCGCAGUCCUGCCAGUUCCAGCUCCAGUUCCAGUUUUACAUCAUCUCAGAACAGCAGACAACAAGGUCCAUUGAGGUCUGUAAUGAAAGAACUGCAUUCACAUGAUAAUGAAAACGAGUCAGAUGAAGCAGAUGAGAAUGACAAUGAUUCUGAAUUGGAACGACCUGUAAAUACACGAGGAGGAAGCAGGAGUCGAAGGAUUAGUCUGAGUGAUGGCAGUGACAGUGACAGCAGUUCAGAUUCCUCACUGCUACAUCAUGAACCAGCACCACCUUUAUUGAAAACCAGCAACAACCAGAUUUUAGAAGUGAGAAGUCCAAUAAAACAGAACAAAUCUGAUAAACAAAUGAAGAAUGGGGAUUGUGAUAAGGCAUACCUUGCUGAACUAGUAGAGCUCCACAGAAGAUUAAUGACAUUGAGAGAGAGACAUGUACUGCAGCAGAUAGUGAAUCUUAUAGAAGAAACUGGACACUUUCAUAUCACAAAUACAACCUUUGACUUUGAUCUUUGCUCACUGGACAAAACCACAGUCCGUAAACUACAGAGUUAUCUGGAAACAUCUGGAACCUCCUGAGGAUUCAGCAUCUGGAUGCAUCAAAAACUGUUCUUCAAAUUGAACAUUCAGAAUGAUGCAACUGAAAUGGGGGAAAAAAACCAAAACAACUCUCUUCAGCUUUAUUUUUCCUUAAAGCCAGUCAUCAUCUCUUGAUAAGGGAGAGGAUUAGUGACAAGACUCAGAGGACCACUCUUCUCAAGAAGAAAAUGCUCUGGAAGAGUUUGCCUGGAUAGCCUUGAAAAAACACACAAAAACAAACAAAAAUUCUUGGUCUUAAUGAAUGUGUAUGGUAUCAUGUAUCUCUCUCUGUGGUGUUCCAGUCCACAAGAUGAAUGCAUGUUCAACACACUGCCUUAUUACAUAACUGAUCUAUUUAUUAUUGCCUACAUGUAAUCUAAAGUCAACACAUCAUUAAAUGACACUACCAGACAUUGCAAGUAGUGGGGUCCCAUGUGUGCUCUUUGAUGCAGUGCUAUCACAAGCCUAGUAACCUUACUCAUGCUAAAAUGCCCCAUCUUCCUAUCUUUCUCUAGUCAAUUGAAACACUACAGUCUUGUUUCUACUUCUGCACUUCCAGGAAACAAGAUACGAAGUUGGAGACCAAACAGCGGUCCUAUAUUUUGUUACGCAUCUGCCACAGCAGAUUAGACCACAGGUCCUUGGCUCUAUCCAUUUAUUGAUCUUGACCAUGGUAGAAAAUGCACCAAAUAGGAUCAUAUGACUUGCUAUGUAUCCUUAGUAAAUGAGCCAGUAGGACUUUAAUCAAAAAAUGUUAUGUAUACUGUCCUGAAUCCAGCAUCUUUUGCAGUCUAGAUUCUUACAUCUGUUUUUAUGUUAUAUAAUUAAAUGUAUAUGAGUAAAGGUGUUCUGCAGGAUCAUCAUAAAAGAAGAAAUACUGGUCCUGUCUUCUAAUGAUAUGUUGUAGAAAAUUCUUAAUUUAGAGCUAUUUAUUACUGUGAGUUUCAACACUCCUCUGCUGCCAGUGUGUGACUCACUUUUACCAUAAAACCAUUGGCAUAACAUUUUUGUUUGUUCCUAUACUAUAUGGUCUGCUUAGUUUGUUUGGGAGUUUUGUUUCUUGUUUUGUUGGGUUGUUUUACAACUGCUGAAUUAAAACCCUUUAUUUGAAAAGAAAAAGUAUGUUGUUAUACAGUUACAUGUUGGAAUACAUAUAUGAUAUAUUGUAUAUAUGUGUGUGUAUACACAUCUCUAUGUGUAUAUGAUUUUUAUACUUUCCAGAUUUUGGUAUCUCUUCAGUAACCUGCUUGUGUUUCCAGGAGGAUUUCUUGUCUAUAAAAAUGAGCAUUCUUUCAUACCAUCUAUUAUUCCUUAAAAUCCUUGUUUAUGCAUGAUCAAAUAAAAGGAUGUGUAUUCAGUUUCACAUCAAAGCUCCAUGCUUUCAUAUUGCUGAUGGUUUCUUGAUUAAAUCAUCACCCUUCUAUUAGAAGUUCAAAUCUCGCAGUGAAAAGAGGAAAUAAUUUUACAAAUACUUCUGGAUGCAAAGGUUUAUUCAGGUUUACCAGCCUUAAAUGUAGCUUGUUUCUGAACAGGCCAGUACAUCAUGUGUAUGCUUAUAAGCCACAUGUAGUCUGUAUGUGUAGAGCUGAACAGUAGUAUCUGUAUGACUUACCGUUUCAAGUGUGCAGUUUGUGCAGCACUGUAAAACUGAAUUCCUGUUGGGGUUCUUUCUUAUUCAGAUGGUAAAUCUUAAUACUGUUUCUUUAAGUCCAAAGAAAAUUUUACACUUUAAUCUUUUGGAGAGGGCAGGAUACGGAUUGGGUUGGGGCACUUUUUUCUUAUUUAAAAUGUUCUUUGACCACCCUCUGCAGGAAGUCUUUUUCAGGCUUCCCAAGAAUAAGUGUACUUUCUCAGUAAUGUUAUGACUCUUAUUGAUGAUUGGCAUGAAGCAUACUUGAAGCGCUAUGUUGUUCUUUUAAGUCCAUGUCUUAAUGUGCAAUUGGGGAUGCGGGGGGGAGGAGUGGGAGUGUAAUUUUAAAGUUACUUUUGACAUAAGGCAAGUGAUGAAGGGGAGUGGGAAACUGUGCCUGUAAAGGGGAUAAACUUCAAUUUUUAUUGAUUAUUUUAUAUGAAAAUGUUUGGAAAUGUAAAAGCAACCAUGAAAACUCUUGGUCUACUGGUUUGUGUUCAGCUUCCUAUCUUUUAGUUAUACCAGAUACGUAUGGAAUUUUGUCUUUUCUAACUAAGUUUUGUGGUAAAAACUAAUUUCAGGAGGGGAAGAAUCCCGUAAUACUUCUAGUAUGACUUUUGCACUGUUUUGCUAGAAGUGGUGGAAUCAAUCAUUUUACCCUUAAAAUACCAGAUAAGCUUUGUUAUACACUGAAAGAAAACAGCAAAUAGGUGAAUAAGCAUUAAAAGGAAAUUACAGCAAUUACAGUGUUAAGUUAGUGCUGAACUUCAUGCAAAUUGUGGAUCGUCCCUAAACUCCGAAAUUUUCUAAUUCAAUGGGAGAGGGAAGAAAGUAGACUCUGGUUGUGUUUGUAUGUGCAUGUUGACUUUUUCACAAAAUUCUUAUAGAGUAAGAGUUACUAAGUAUUGAUCUAAAUAAGAAAAAAUAAAGUAGCUAUUUUAAUCUAAUUUUGUAUGCAUAAACAAAAUAAAUCAUUAUUCACUUAAUUUCAGACAUUCAUAUUUUUCCUAAAGAAAAAUGAGUAAGAUACCCUUCCAAGAUCAGUUAAAGUGUUUUGGCAGUAAAUGUUUUGGAGUUUUACUUAACGUCAAGAUGUUUAAAACAGAGUUAUAUGUGAAAACUUGGAUUAAUUCAUUGAGGUGACCAGACGGAGGUUAGCAGUAAGUUGCAAUAUCUAAAAAUUAAUUUCAAGUGUGAGUCACUGUUACUAGUUCAGCAGUUGUAUCCAAUAGUAAGGACGUUUUUGUCUCACCACUAACUUUUCGCCUCAGAAAAUGGAUGUCCAAUUGGGCAGACAAAUUCUAGUAUCUUUUUAGAAGUUUGAAUUCACUGAGAAGCUUUACAAAAAUUUCAAUAGCAUCUGGAUUUGAAGGCCAUCUUAGUCCACUCUUAGUCCAAGAGAAGGAGCAAGAAAGGAGGAAGGGGCAUACACUGAAGUGAGGAGAAUCUUCCAAGGUAAAACAAAAUUCAUGCUCUGUCUUCAGCCUUUGGACUGUAAGAAAUGCUUGAUCAUUCCUCUGUCUUCUUCGCAUUGGUUGGGUGUUCUUAGGUUAAGUCUCUGCUUUCAAUUUCACAAGCAGAGUACACACAAUACAGUGAUGGUGAAGCCAGUAUAUUUCUGUUAAAGUUUGUUUUAGUCUGGGGGAAGGAAAUUACAAGUUUGUGGGUUUUGCCUGACCUGUUGUCCUUCUUUCCCAUUCUCACAGUGAAAUAAAGUGUGUUCAC